UCACAUCUUACUAAGCAAUCAGUGACCUUCCCAAACCACCCAGACACUGACCGCGUCCCCAACACAGCUGAGAAUGGUGAUCCCCGGGGCCCCGAUAUUCCAGAGGGCCAUGGCCACCGCAGCCCAUGGGCAUGGGUCCGGAGGAGCUCGUAUCUGGAAGAUCCUGACCUUCGUUGUGGCCCUUCCGGGGGUCGGGGUGUGUAUGCUCAACGCCUGGCUGGCUGCUCAGAAUCACCCCCAUCACAACCCCGACUUCAAGGCCUACAGUCACCUGAGGAUCCGCACCAAGCGCUUCCCCUGGGGUGACGGGAAUCGAUCUCUCUUCCACAAUCCUCAUGUGAACGCACUUCCCUCCGGAUACGAAGAGCCGCACCACUGAUCCGGAACCUGCACAGGGGCCCCACGGAGGGACCCCACACACGUAUUGUACGAUCCGCAAUAAAAGGAGAACCGAA